CGAACUUCCUUGGGCCUGCUCGAAUUGUUCAACGUAUUCCUACUGUUUGACAUUGGUCGACUGAGGAGUUAGGAAAUAACAUUAACAAACAUAACUUUAACCGACUACGACUCUCAUAAAGUCUUUUCUCGCCGAUUUUGGAAGUAGAAAUCAGGACGCGACAUAUUUGGUCUCUGAUACUCAAAAAUGACGUCUGGCGAACUGAAGUACACCUCGUUGCAGGAGAUCGAGUCAAUCCAUGCAAAACUGUCGUCUGAGUUCCUGAAAUGGAGGACCAGGUCCAUCGAGUUCCGCAAGCAGCAGCUAUCUCAACUAGUAUACAUGGUGGAAGAUAAUCAGGAAAGGAUUCGGGAAGCUCUUUCGCAUGAUUUGGGCAAGCCUACUCUCGAGGCUAUGGUGGCUGAGGUUGGUAUGACCAUAAGAGACGCCGUGGAGGCAUACAAUAAGGUCGAAACCUGGGCUGCUGACGGCAAACCUCCGUUUCGCCUGGAUACAUGCAUUCUGCGACCUAAAAUCCGUAAAGAACCAAAGGGUGUGGUUCUUAUCAUUGGGGCAUACAACUUCCCGGUCUGGCUCACUCUUGGCCUUAUGGCUGGCGCGAUUGCAGCUGGAAAUGCUAUAGUCCUCAAACCCUCAGAGUCUGCACCCGCCGUGGCAGCAUUGGUGGCAGAACUGGUUCCAAAAUACCUCGACCCCAGUCUGUACGCCGUAGUCAAUGGAGCGGUUGCUGAAAUGACAAAGUUGCUUGAGUUAAAAUGGGAUCACAUUAUGUAUACUGGUGGUGGGAAAGUUGGGCGUAUCGUCGCAACGGCGGCGGCAAAGCAUCUUACUCCCUUGACUCUAGAGCUCGGAGGCAAGAAUCCUGUCAUUAUUGACUCUAGAUAUGACUUGGCGUUAGCAGCAAAACGCAUUGCCUGGGGACGCUUGACCAAUGCUGGGCAGGUAUGCGCUGCUCCCGAUUAUAUACUGGUCCCUGUCGAGUUACAAGACAAACUGGUCGCCGAGUUUGCGAAAGUACUAAAGUCGUUCUACCCAGACGGUGCUCUUAAAUCAAACUCAUUCGCGAGGAUUAUCUCCAAUGUGCAUUUCAAGCGCAUUAAAGGAAUGCUAGACGAAACAAAGGGCGAAAUUGUUAUUGGUGGACAGACGGUCGAGUCUCAGAAGUUUAUCGCCCCGACGAUCGUGAAGAACGUUUCAGGAGAGGACGCGCUUAUGGGUCAAGAGAUCUUUGGGCCAGUAAUUGCACUCGUUCCUGUGAGAAGUAUUGAUGAAGCGAUUGCUUUCGUCAAUGCACGCGAUCACCCACUGGUCUUGCACGUGUUUACGAAUGAUGAAAAGUUAAAAAAGAAAAUUUUCGACAACACGCGAAGUGGCUCCGCCCUUUGCAAUGACGUGCUUUUGCAAGGAUCUGUCGAGGAUCUUCCUUUCGGAGGUGUUGGAGAGAGUGGCUACGGUCAACACAGAGGAAAGUGGGGAUUCGAGACUUUUACACACUUCCGCUCAACAGCAGAGUCACCUUCAAUAGUGGAGCUCGUCAUGAGCAGUCGCUACCCACCGUACACUCCCAAGAAGCUCAAGGCAAUGAUGGGAUUCAUGCUUCCGCGUUUACCGCCACGAGUUGGCGAGUCAAGGGGCUUCCUGUCGUGUUCUGGCGUGAAACUGCUUCUCACGUCUGUUCUGCUCCUCGGAGCUGCCCUUGCUACUCAGUUCAUUUCGGCCAACGACGCGUUGGAGAUCGUGCAUCGACUUCCGUACCUCCCGUUCAAGGGCAAUUGAUUCCGGCUGGUGCGAUUUUGCAGUGAUUUGGGUGAAUGAAUGCAGUAUGGUGGAAGUUUUGGCAGACUUUUUGUUUUGGCUGUGUAAACAGAAAGGGUCCACAAUCCUUGUACCCUUCACUUCUGUCCUUUCCCUUGUUACUGUAGCGCUCUAUAAAAUAGCUCUCUUUCAAUAUGAUC